GCUUGUUAUUGUUUGGUUUGUUUGGGCCCCCUUUGUUAUGUUGGCUGGGGGAAAAACGCGCAACGUGGACGUGGAACAGAACGGAAGAGAGCAGCACAGAGCAUAGCUCGCGGCGCAGCGCACACCUGGUCCACCCCGCCCGCGAAUAGGAACACCUGUGCCCCCGCCCGCCGGCGCGCCACCAAGUGCCCUCCACAUCGCUUCAGUUCUCGACGGGGUUUGCUCAAGAAAGCAGCUGCUGGAUCUCGAUCUGGUGACCUGGCACAACUAGGCACACACACACACAGCGCACAGUAGCACAGCGCAGGGGAACCCGGCGAUCCAUGAGCGAGGCCAAGAUGAACGGACGCUCCAUACGCAUCAACCGGCUGCCCGCCACCAUCGUGGCCAUCCUGCUGACCAUCGUCCUGGUCUACUUCCUCAACUUCCACCAGGAGGAGCGGCCGGCCAUCUACGGCAUGCUGCGCAGCGAGAACCCCAACCGGGUGAAUCUGCGCAAGAUGCUGAUCGCGGCCAUUCAGGCGGCCCAGCGUGGCGGCCUGGAGGUCCUCGACGUGGCCCGCAGUCGCAAGCUGCGGGAGCGCAGCAAGGGCCAGACGGACGAGGGCGUCAACGAUCCCUUCACGGACGCCGACGGCCGCUCGCACUGCGUGAUGAAGCAGGGCCUCCAGCGCAUCUUCCCCCGCGUACAGAUCUUCUCCGAGGAGGACAAGGAGCACUGCAAGCAGGCGCACAGCUACGACCUGGACCCCACCGUGCUGCACGAAACCGCACAGAUCCCGGAUGUGGCGGUGAAUGCCCAGGACGUCACCGUCUGGGUGGAUCCCCUGGAUGCCACCAAGGAGUUCACCGAGGAGCUGUACGAGUACGUGACCACCAUGGUGUGCGUGGCGGUGGCCGGCCGUCCCAUCAUCGGCGUGAUCCACAGCCCGUUCAACGGGCAGACGGCCUGGGCCUGGGUGGGCAACUCGAUGUCGGAGUACCUGGCCAGUCUGCAUCCGGAGCACGCGCCCGACCACCAGGCGCCCGUCAUCACAGUGUCGCGCUCGCACACGGCCGGGGCCAAGGAUCUGGCCCGGAGCGUCUUUGGCGAGGAUGUCAGCCUGCUGACGGCGGCGGGCGCCGGCUACAAGGUGCUCCAGGUGGUGGCCAACAAUGCCACCGCCUACCUGCACACCUCCAAGAUCAAGAAGUGGGACAUUUGCGCCGGCGAUGCCAUACUGCACGCCCUGGGUGGCACCAUGACCACGCUGAACGACCAGUUGAUCAACUACGGCCCGGCGGAGUCGCCCGUGAACACGGAGGGCCUGCUGGCCACCCUGGAGCGGCACGACGAGUACAUGGACAAGCUGUCCAAGUACCGGGCGGCGCACAAUGGCAAGCUGGCGUAGGGACUGGCCAGUUUAGGUCACAUUCAAGAGUAGCUCUAAGUUCUAAAGUUGGAAACCUGUUUUCGUAAUCUCGGUAUGUGUUUGUGCGUGUGCUUCUUUUUUGCAUAAUUGCGUUGGUUGUGCGGCGGCGCGGCGGGGUCAUGAACCCGGACGGAGCCAAGCCGCCGAGUUGGCUCAAAAUAAACUAAUUUUAAAAGGAA